AGUGGUUUUACCACAAACGGCCACAAAACUCUGAUGUUUCAUCGUGCUGCCGACCCGCUUUGCGACUCCACUCCCCACUCCACAAUCAAGUGAAAGUGUUACAAAAGCUGUGACAAACCAAUAUGAACGACCCGCAAUGCAACAAUGCCACCCAACGAUCCAAGUCAAGCAAAUGGAGAUUAUUGGCAAGGACAACCCUUUUGUUCUUCCUUUCUCUGGUGCCGAUGAUCGUUUUCGUCGUGCUCACACAAGAGGGCGAUGGUACAUGGAAGGACUUUAAAAGCAGCCGAUGUGACGAAUACUGUGAAAACAGUCACCAGUGCGAUCAUGAGAUGGAAGAACGCCCAACAGUGCAGCAACCUGUCAACGCAUGGACAAGUAUGAUGUAUAUUUGGGCAGGCCUUUGGCCCAUCGUUGCCAUCCGAGCUGAUAUGGGCACAAUGGUAUUUCUUGCCGCGAGUAGUUAUCUUGCAAUUGGCAGCUUUUUCUUCCAUGCCUCCCUUGUCACGUUUUGGCAGACAGUCGACAUUGCCGGAAUGUACACACUCUUUGCAGCCUUGGUCGGUCACGGCAUGCAUACACUGACUGGUCUCUGCUGGCGCUGGAUAGCGAUACCUGUUGUUGCCAUGGCUAUCCUUCCACUAUUCUUUAAGGACGAUAUGGAAGAAGUGGGUAUAGGAUCUACCAAAAUAGGCAUGGGAUUUUUAUCUCUGAUAUGUCUGUUAUCGGCAAUCCAUCUUGGGGCGCGAAUCCGGCAGAAGAUUAAGAGGCCCAACCCCCAACCCCGUCAGGAAAGGUCCAAGGGGCUUGAUAUAAUCUUGCUGACUGCAUGGAUCCUUCUACCAGGCGUUCUCUUUGUUGCAGGUUUCGUUCUCCGACGGCUCGACCAGUCAAAGGAUUGGUGUGAUCCUGACGCUUUCUUUCAGGGCCACGGCUUUUGGCACUGCGCAACGGCGCUUGCCUCCCUGGUGCUCUGGUUAUUCUUUGAUAGCGCGAAUCCACAGAAUGACCUAAAAGGGGCUACGGAUGAGCAUUAUGGCAAGGGUUUCAACACGGAAUGCGACGAUUUGUCGGAAACUGCCAAGAGUGUUGAAGCUGCUGGAGAGGACAGCGAAGGGGGAUUCGCGUGCGCGAGCGAAGAAUACAGCGCAUGAAAUGUUGGCUGCAAGAACGAAACCAGGUACCGGUACAUGUACCGGUACGGAUGAAACAUACCGGUAAGCCAGAGAUGGUAUUACGAGGUGCGUGGGUUUGGCUCAAGCCUAUGAGCUGGUACGUAGUUGUCGUGUGUCAACUAUAACACUUAGCUGUCGCCAAUUCCUUCAUCAUCCCCUUCUGAUGACGAUUCAUAACUGUACUCACUGUCAUUGUCGUCAUCAUCUUGCGAAUCCGUCUCGUACUCGCCAGUUUCAUAUUCCGAAGGGGGGGAUGCUUCUUCUUCCGAAGAUGACUCUUAAGUAUCCACCAGAAGCGUCUUUCGUUCGUGAUCGGUCACCUGUAACGUCUCUUUUUGAUCAUCACCAAGUGCAAGUUCACCGAUCUUCACCGCAAGGUCAGGUUGAUUAUACUUUUCUUGGACACUGUUGACUAUUUUGGCCAUGUAUCGGUUGCAGAUCUAGGUCAUGACAUGUUCAUGGUACGGAUGAAACAUCAGCCAGAGAUGGUAGUACGAGGUGGCUCAAGCCUAUGAGCUGCUACAUAGUUUUCUUUGUCAAUUAUAACACUUAGCUGUCGCCAAUUCCUUCAUCAUCAGCUUCUGAUGAUGAUUCGUAACUGUACUCACUAUCAUCCUCGUCAUCAUCGUGCGAAUCCGUCUCGUACUCGCCAGACGAGCUUUCAUAUUCCGAGGAGGAUUCUGCUUCUUCGGAAGUUGAGUCUUCAGUAUCCACCAGAAGC